AUGGAGCUGACACCUAAUACUACUUGGUCUUGGAUGUUUGGUAGUAUAAUGAAGCAGCGUGACUCUGCCUCUCAUAACAUGUGGAAUACUCUGAACCAGGAGCAGAUAUUUCCCAUGAAAAAAGUGUAUACUCACCUGUUGAAUGCAGAAAGAAUCAAUUGGAGCCCUCUUAUAUGUUCUAAUCCAGCUAGACCUCGUGCAACUCUAUGUUUAUGGAUGCAAUGUCAUGGGAGGCUACCUACAAAAGAUAGAAUGCUCCGGUUUGGCUUUAUCCAGGAUAGUGUGUGCAGCAUGUGUAGUCAGGAUGUAGAGACAAAGGAACAUGUGUUCUUUGAUUGCAGAUUCCCCAGGAGUGUUUGGUGCAAUAUUUUGGAGUGGAUUGGCUUUAAGCAUACCCCCCUGAGUUGGCUUGAUGAACUGAGAUGGGUUAUUGAUAAUUCUAAGAAGAAGGGAUGGCGGGCUAAGAUCCUAAAGCUAGCUUUUGCAGAAGUGGUUUAUGGGAUAUGGGCCCAUCGCAACAACCUUAUAUUUGGAACAGAUUCUACUGCCACUCUCCAGACUAUCAGAGAUUGUAUAGUUCAUAGGAGUUGGAUAGAUAAAAGCAUUAGACACCAUAUAGCUGGAUUACUAUUAUGA